UCCGAGCAGCUGCUUGACUCGUAACGAACAAAACUCAUUUUAAAAAAACACUUUUAACUAGCGGUAGAUUAUAAAUCGUCGUCAUGAGCACUCUGAACCAACAUUAUGAGGAGAAGGUGCGUCCCUGCAUUGACCUCAUUGACUCUCUCCGCUCUCUGGGAGUAGAGAAGGACCUGGCGCUGCCUGCUAUCGCCGUCAUUGGAGACCAAAGCUCGGGGAAGAGCUCCGUGCUGGAGGCGCUGUCAGGGGUGGCUCUGCCAAGAGGAAGUGGGUGUUGUCCUCUGGAACUGAAGAUGAAGAGAAGGAAAGAAGGAGAGAAGUGGUAUGGAAAGAUAAGCUACAAGGGCAAAGAGAAAUUGAUGAAGGACCCUGCAGAUGUGGAGGAGGAAAUUAGAAAAGCUCAGGAUGAAAUACCUGGGUUCUUCUCGCGCAUCAGUGAAGAACUCAUCAGUCUGGAGAUCGGUUCUCCUCAUGUUCCAGACCUGACCCUCAUUGACCUGCCCAGCAUCAUCAGAGUGGCUGUAAAGGGACAACCAGAGAACACUGGAGAGCAGAUAAAGACACUAAUCCAGAAGUUCAUAAAUAGACAAGAAACCACCAUCUUGGUGGUUGUUCCAUGCAACGUGGACAUAGCAACCACUGAGGCUUUGAAGAUGGCACAGGAGGUGGAUCCUGAAGGAGAGAGGACUCUGGGUGUCUUGACCAAGCCUGACCUGGUGGACAAAGGGACAGAAGAGACAGUGGUUGCAGUUGUCCAUAAUGAAGUCAUCCCACUGAAGAAGGGCUACAUGAUCGUCAGGUGCAGGGGUCAGGAGGAGAUCAAAAAGAAGGUAUCUCUUACUGAAGCGAUAGAAAGAGAAAAAGCCUUCUUCAGGGAUCACGCAUAUUUCAAGACGCUUUAUGGUGAAGGCCAUGCUACUGUCACUAAACUCGCUGAGAAACUCACACAUGAGCUGUCGCAUCACAUUGAGACAUCCAUACCCCGACUGGGAGAGCAGAUAGAGGAGAAACUAGAAGAGACUCAGGCAGAGUUGGGGAAAUAUGGCAGUAAACCUCCAUCUGGUGAAGCUGAGAGACGAGUCUUCCUCAUUGAAAAAGUGACAGCAUUCACUCAGGAUGCCAUCAGUCUGUCUACAGGAGAGGAACUCAAGUGUGGAGACAAGCUCAAUGUCUUUUCUACACUCAGAUCAAAGAUUGAGAAGUGGAACUCUCACCUGGACCGAUCAGGAGAAAACUUUAACAAGAGGAUUGAGAAGGAGGUGGAGAAAUACGAGGAGAAGUACCGUGGAAGAGAACUGCCGGGCUUCAUCAACUACAAGACCUUUGAGGUCAUGGUGAAGGAUCGGCUCAAACAGCUGGAAGAACCAGCUGUCAUUAAUCUCAAGGAUAUAGGAGAUGCUGUGACGAAGGCAUUCAUACAACUGGCCGAAAGCAGCUUCAUUGGAUUUCCAAAGCUCACACGGAGAGCCACGGCAAAGAUCGGAGACAUAAUGAGAAAACUGCUGUCCACUGCUGAAUCCAUGCUGAGAACCCAGUUCAGGAUGGAGCUGCUUGUUUCCUCUGAGGACAGGACCUACAGCAGCAGUUUGAGUGAGAGCAAGAGAGAGAAGGAUGAAGACAAACUGAAAGGAAAGAAUAUUGUGCGCAACAUGGAUAACCAUGCAACACUUCAGGAAAUUAUGUUGCACAUUAAAUCAUAUUACAAAAUUGCCAGCCAACAUCUGGCUUACCAGAUCCCACUAGUGAUCCGCUACCACAUCUUGCAGGAGUCUGCCAUCCAGCUGCAGAGGGAGAUGCUGCAGGUAACUCAGGAAGAAAAAGAUAUGAAUAAACUGCUGGAGGAAGAUUCCAACAUUGCCAAAAAGAGGACUGCUUUGCAGAGUCAAUUUCAACGCCUUAUGGUGGGCUGCACAUACCUGGUGGAGUUCUAGAGGAGGUCACUGACUGACAGCAUGAGUUUGUUUUUGUUGGUUUGUUUUUCAACUUGUAACAUAUAUUCAUGGUUGGGGAGUGGGUAUAUUUGUCACAUGGGGUAUUGUAUGUAGGAUUGUCAUUAUUGUUGUUGUUAUUAAUAUAUCAUACAUCAUACAUCGAUUUAUUAUUUCAUACAGCUAAAUUAGAUUAUGUGAGCAUCUUUAUAUCAUUAUUAGGGAUGGGUACCGAAUUCGGUACUUUUAUAGGUACCGACCGAAUUCCGUCGGUACUACCGAGUACCGAUUCAUGUAAAAUCAAACGGUACCAUGUUUCAAUACCUAGACGGUGUUAACUUUAAACUGAUCAUUGAUUUCAACCUGUUUUCAUUUAACGUCUUUGAUUAACAAGCGUGCUGACGAUCGCACUAUUUUUUAUUUUUUUAUUUACCUCCUCGUCUGGUCCUGUCUGCUCACCGCGGUCACUAGCCACUAGCUGAUGCCCUCUUCCGCCCGGCGCAGAGACGAACAGCCGGCUCUCGGCCUUCUAGCCGCCAGCUGCUAUCUCUACAAUGUCUCUACCCGGGCUUGGCCUUCGUCUGCCUCAGGAUUGGACCUUCCUUACUCCGUUUGCUCUCUCCAUUCUUCUGUAGAUCAGUCAUUAACAGCUAGCAGCUAGCUGCUGCAUCUCUGGUCCUCCGCUAAUACGCUCUUCAACUCAGGAAUAUUACCUGCCACUUUACUCCAAACUGCCUCGCUGAAAUUAAAUCCCUCAGACUCCUGCAUCAUCCUCGAUAUGUGCACGGCCUCCUCCGUGCUUUGCCACCUGAGAGCGCUCCUCUGCAUUCUUUGAUAACGCUGCAACCUUCAUGUUACAAAAUGCACGUUCACUCAACAAUAAAGCAUUGCUCUUUCUGGAUUUUAUAUUGUUUUGAUAUAUUUAAGUUUAUAUUUUGAGAAAUAAAUAUGUUGAAUUGAAAAAAUUAGAUUUAUUAUUAAACAAAUUAACAUUUAUUACCACAUAAACAAACGCAAAAGUACAGAAAAUUGGUACCGUUGAGUACCGGUACCGAUUCCCAGGUACCGGGUAUCGGUACCGUAAUGGUUCAAAUGUGAAAGGUACCCAUCCCUAAUCAUUAUAUCAAAACCUGAAGUUCCUGAUGCACCAUUUGAUUAUUUGGCCUGAACACAUGUCUUUAGAUAAUCUUUAGAUAAGCAGAUCAUGGUUCCAAGAAUUAGAUGAGACUUGCAAGGAUUAUUCAAAUAAACGGUUCUUUCGAGGAGCCACGUUGUCUUGAAGAAAAAAAUGCAAAAUCAUUAAAAAAAAAACAACCUUUUGUUAUCUUGCAACUGAAUUAAAAAAUGAAAACACA